GUUCCAUGUCGAUGGGUUAAGUCAAUGGUUAUGCAAACGAACCAUGUCAAUUCAAUUAGGUGAGAGUGGCAGCUUUUCAAACGAAAGUGACAAGCACAAUGGCAGAACCUACGUUCUUAGCGGGGUUUCAUCGAAACUAAACUCCAAACCCCGGAUUGUUGCUGCGGUAAAGGAACAGCACAGGCAAACAAACACAUACUCGUCUUAAACGAAGCUUGUUUAAAUUUUUCAAAAUUCCUUUCAGCCUUUGAGCGUUUAUAGACAUUCCAUUGUAUUUUAGUUAGUCGGAAUUACAUAUUUAAAUUGCCUCGUAUUCAAACAUGUUAUGGACCGCUGGCUCAACCGUUGGAAAAUGUCGUACAAAACACUAAAAAGAAGGCAAUGCAAUUGUAAGAAUCUGACCUUGCGUAGCAAAAUCGAAAAACAUUUGAUUAUGACAGAAAAUAGCCCUGAUCAAGCAUGAAAACUUGUCUUCUUUUCGCUACAUCCAACCCCCCAAAAAUGGAAAUGCCAGAUGCCACUGCAUUGCGUCUUCGCUUGUAAAAGGCUGUGUUCAUUCCACCUCAAAACCUCAACAUGUUCACUAUUUUCGAUGAAAAUGCUUAAUGUAAACCCGGUUAAGGAGUUAAUUUCCCAACUUUAAGGCUGACAGCCACCUGCCAAGUCUGUGUAAGAAUAGGUAAUGCUUCAAAAGAAGUACAUUCGAGUUUAACGAAGCACGCAGUGGAUAUCGCCGACUGUAAAAUGCUCCAAAGCACUCUUUAGGAUGCAGAAAUCCGGACUAAACGUGACGGGGUAAUGUCCAGUAUUUACCUAAACCUGCACUAAACAACGACGAUGGGAUUUUCAAGGCGAUCCACGAUUUUGCUAACUCUGAUAGCCACUACAAUUUUUGUGGUGAGAUGUCAAGGGGACAAAAUUCGCGACAGUGCAAGUACCGCUGCCUCACGCUUGACUAGGCAUAAAGCUAGAGAACUUGCAGCCAAUCCAAGUGCAUUAAUUCACGAAGCUUUGCACCUUGUGAGGAGGCGACGAAGCGUUGAUGUUAGAUACGACGACCAGAUGAAUGAGAAUUACCACGACAAAUUUGCCAGUUUGGCAAGGAAACGAAGACUGGAGGAAAAAUCAUCUGGAGAGGAGAGAGAACAUUCAAUCGACAAACGUCAGAUUCCUGAUGGCUUGGGUAUGUUAAACGACUACAUGGGUGUUGACACAAGUCCAGUCAGGCUACAGCAAGCCAUGGUUGGACUUCCAAAUGAACAAAGGGUGCACAAAAGAACAUCAAACGAUGUAAAGGAAAGAGAUGUUAUAUCACUGUCAAAAAAGUCUGAAGACGCAAAGCCUUUGGAGUUCAAUCCAAUGUGGCUUGAAAGUUUUGUUAGGAAGAUGGCUCCCCUGCUAAAAGGAAAAGAUGGCAGAGAUGGGAAAGAUGGAAAAGACGGUAGAGAUGGAAGAGAUGGUCUCAAGGGUGAUCCCGGAUAUCCUGGUCCGCCAGGACCUUCUGGAUUCUCGGGAUCAAAGAAGUGUCCCGAAGCCUCAGGCAUGCGUGACGAUGCUUCUCAGGGCAGUGAGCAGAAGCCUUCUGGGCAUUUGACUGGAGAUGGAGGACCAUUUCGUUUCUCAGACGGUCUUCAAUUCUCUCGCUGGUGUUCCACAUGUCCAACUUCCCAUCUCGCUGGAGGAGUGAAAUCAACAAACGACUCACUGGAAAUACCACGAGAUGGCCGCUACUUUGUUUACUGUCAGUUCCAUUUCCUUCAAACCGAUAACGACAGGACUGGAUUUGAGAUACUAGUCGACGGGAAUAUUUACCUCUCUAAAGUUGUGAAGGGCGAAGAAGCCACAUACUCUGGAGCGGUGUUUGUAAUGAAAAAGGGAAGCGUGGUAACCGUGAGACUCCUGGGUCACGGGACUGUAGAAGGUGACCACACCGUCAACUUUUUAGGCGCAUAUGAGUUAUAAGGAAAGAUGACAAACAGGACCCUUGGCAGUUAAGGAGUCUCAUCAAAACUCUUUUAAUGAACUUUAGCACGCUAGCUGUUUUUAAUAUUUCCUGUUUCAAUCCCUGCGUUUAUUUUAAAAUCCUUUUUUAAAAAUCCUUUAAAUUUAGAGAUACAGUAAGAGAAAUGAGGUCACCGCGUGCUGGAAAUCACAACAAACAGGACAAUCAGUGGCAGAAUACAGCCGUUCCCAAAAAAGAUUUUUUCAGGAAAGCGUAAAAGCGCACCCAACGAUGCAAAUGGUACAAGGGGUACUAAUAUUUUGGCGUUGUUUGAUUGAAGUUCACAGUGACUAGGAAGCAUUACCCAUAAUACUUUCUCACAUUGUCGCGUGCGCUUUUACGUUUUGGUAAGACAACCUCUAUAGAAACAGUUCUAUACAGGGAACUCUCUAGCUAUACCUUAAAUGAAACAAUGUACAUUUUCGGUUCGAACAUCAACCUUGUUUAGAUCUGUCAUGUGUCCUGGAAAGCUACAAAUGACGAAGAAUUCUGCUACCUUUUCGUAAAAAAAA